CCCCAACCGGUUUUUUGGCAUCGUUUCAAGUUAGCAAGUCUCCGUUAUCCAACCUCAUUGGCAUAUUAGCGGUCAGAAAGCUUGCCUAACAACAUCAAUAAAUUGAGGCCUCCAGGCUCCUCCUCUCCAUCCAAACCAGUGGCAAGAUGAUGAAGAGGGUGAGUCUCUCAGUGGCAUUGUUGCUGUGCAUCGCCGUUGCGGCGAGCGCACAGUCGGCGUCCAAUGUUCGUGCGACGUACAACGAUUACAAUGCAGCGCAGAUCAAUUGGGAUCUAAAUACAGCUAGUGUAUACUGUGCUACAUGGGAUGCCAAUAUGCCACUCUCAUGGCGGCAAAAGUAUGGGUGGACCGCCUUCUGCGGUCCGGUCGGCCCUACCGGCGAAGCUGCCUGUGGAAAGUGUUUGUUGGUGACAAACACCGCUACUGGAGCACAGGUCACUGUGAGGAUUGUGGACCAAUGCUCGAACGGAGGGCUUGAUUUGGACCAUUCUGUGUUCUCGCAACUAGACACAAAUGGACAAGGCAUUGCUCAAGGCCAUCUGAUCGUCAACUACGAGUUUGUAAACUGUGGUGAUUAGUUAUAUAGCAAUGUCAUGGGAUCAUCUUAUGUAAACAUCCACAAAAAUUAAUUAAUAUGCAAUAAGGAUGUCAUUUUGUCUACUUUUAAUAAAAAUCAUGGGAUCAUCUUAUGUGAACA